GAGGGCUCGAUUCAGCGAUUGAGUUGUAGUGUGUUCCGGCAAUGGCGGAUCGGAUCAGAAAACUCGUCAGAGAAGAUGUCUUAACCUACUCUUACAUUCUCCUCUACAUCGGCCUCUCCAGCGGUCAGAUCUUCUUCAACAAGUUCUAAACAUGGAAGUAGAAGGCGAAGUUUUAUUCCUUAGGUUUGUGCCUUGUGCUUUCAGAGGUCUCACUCUUGACAGCAUCUAUAGCUUUAUUGCCUAAAAAAUAUGGAGCAGAAGUUGUGUAAUCCAAGUGGGUUUUGUCAUCAAAGCAAAUAAACUUCCCAUAUCCUCUUGGAUUGACUUUACUUCACAUGGUCUUCUCUUCUGUGUUGUGUUUUAUACUCACCAAAGUUUUCAAGAUUAUGAAAGUUGAGGAUGGGAUGACUGCAGAAAUAUAUGCUUCAUCAGUUGUUCCAAUUGGUUUAACGUUCGCAAUGACCCUUUGGUUGGGAAACACUGCUUACCUCUAUAUAUCUGUUGCGUUUGCACAAAUGUUGAAAGCGAUAAUGCCUGUAGCUGUUUUUAUUCUUGGAGUAGCAGCUGGACUUGAAUUGAUGAGCUGCAGAAUGCUUCUCAUAAUGUCAGUAAUAAGUAUCGGUGUCCUAGUGGCUUCGUAUGGGGAAAUAAAUAUUAGCUGGAUUGGUGUGGUGUAUCAAAUGGGAGGUGUUGUUGGAGAAGCUUUGAGGCUUAUAUUUAUGGAGAUUCUGCUUAAAAGGAAGGGUCUUAAGCUAAACCCUAUAUCUAUGAUGUACUAUGUUAGUCCAUGCAGUGCUCUUUGCCUGUUCAUUCCGUGGAUUUUUUUGGAGAAACCAAAGAUGGAUGCUGGCGGGAAAUGGAACUUUCAACCUCUUGUUUUAACACUCAACUCGCUCUGUACAUUCGCACUCAAUCUAUCAGUUUUCCUUGUGAUCAGACAUACAAGUGCUCUAACAAUUCGUGUUGCUGGAGUCGUCAAGGAUUGGGUGGUUGUCUUGCUAUCAGCCCUUCUGUUUGCUGAUACAAAGCUGACAGUUAUAAAUCUGUUUGGUUACGCCAUUGCCAUUGCAGGUGUAGCUGCAUAUAAUAAUCACAAGUUGAAAAAGGAAGCUUCUCGAGGCACCUCUGAUGAGUCUCAACAAGCUGAAUCUAUACCUUUAGCUUCAUCCUCAGCUUCUAAUAAGUAGAAAAAUGGAAACCGAUGUCAGGAGUUACUCUUGAGCUGCCUCUACAUUGAUGGAUUUUGUGGCGAUAGGGGCCAAAAACAACAUAUGCGGUUGUAAGUUAUGUGUAGAUUUUAGAAUCUCAUACAUUUGUUUUAGCAUGACAAGGUUGGACAUUUGUUGAAAUCCAUUCGUUGUUGGGAACUUGGGGUACCCCUAAAUUGAGGGUGUUUUUGUAUGUUAAAGCAAUUACUGGAAUCAACUCAUAGUUACAGUUCAAUACACUUUUAUAUACAAGUUGGGAAUUUUUGGCAUUGGAA